AUGGCGAAGGAAAUGGCAAGACAAUUCCUCGAGGCUCCCUCCACCACGAUCCAAGUGAUGCGGGCACAAGAUGUGAUGGAACUGCUACUCUGCGCCAAAUGCCAGGGGAAAAAGACCGAGAAGCAAAAGUUGAAGGAAGUAUGGGAGGCAGAGUUGAACGCCAAGUUUCACCCUGUUGGCUACCAUUCACCAUACGUCAAUACUAAAGACGCCAACUCCGCAAAUAUAUCGCAGAGUCUUCCUGCCUACGCGACACCAAUGCUCGCCAUCGCUUGUAAGCCUGCACAGGCUGCCGGACUAUCCCCGGACGAGCUUGCAACAGGCACGGUUUAUAUGACCGUCAUCAGCUUUGCUGAUGGCACAACGCCGGUAGUGGUGGGGUGGACAAAAGAGCCAGAGCUGACCAAUCAGCAAUUCACCCACUGGCACAAUCAGACCGUCGGCAACCACGCGAAGCACACCAUCGAUCAUGUUGCACAAUGGCAAGUGACGUAUCUCGAUCGCUCCAUCAUCAGAGAGCUCGAAGCCUCUCGUCGACAUAUGGGCAACCAGGGAUUCCGAGACUGCGUAUACUUUGACACAUCUUUCGAAACCGUGAUGGAAGUCAUAUGUCGCUGGUGGAAUUUUUUGGAGGACUAUCGGCUGCAAGCGGAGGCCGCGAAAGAAGCGCAAGCCUGUCUCUCCCAGCAAGCGAUGAGCAAGUGA